AUGGCCUCCGUUUCAAUCGCAGAGAUUGUCGAAUCCCUCACCUUCGGGAAUGUUCUUCUACUGCUGCUUCUACUGCUUUUGUUUCAUUACUUGAUAGUAGUGUAUGAGUUCAGGAACAUGCCACCAGGUCCACGCUUGACGACGCUUCCAGUUCUAGGGAACAUAUUUUCGUUGGAUUUGAAGGCGGAGAAACUUACGGAUGCUUUUAAUGGGUAAGUGUCACUUGAACAGUGUGACAAGGCUUUCCCCCAAAUCAGUUCCUUCAAAUGAGCAUUCUGUUUGAAAUAAAUAGUCGAACAAUUGUGGUCGGGACUGCAUUGGUCAAGCUUAAUUAAUCCAGGAAAAUUUGACUAAGAUAACAGUAUGUUCGGGAGCUGCUUUUGUCAAUUUUUGGUACGUCAAUUUUUUUUACCUUUUCCAAAUCAAACCAAUAAAGACGAGUAUUAAAGUUUGUUUUAAAAUAGAAUUGUAUACUCCUGGAUAGACGAAUUCGAAGUUACUUUUUGCGAUCUUGUUAGAAAAAAGGUUUUUAUUUUUUGUGUAUUGCGUAAGGUCCGUAACCUUCAGAUUUCUUCGCACAAAAUUGAUCGUGGAAAUAAUGAUGUCGUUUACGUCAGAUUUGGCCAGCUGACGUUGGUAGAUUUUGGUGGUCUAGUUUUCUUUCGGUAUAUAACACUGAGACAUGAAACAUUUAUUUGAAGUUGUUUUUUAGCACAAUAAGUAUUUGGAUUACAUUGCACAGAUUAUUCAAGGGUGCCUAAACAAUUGUACUCCACUAAUCUCUUCGAAAGCAAUUGUGAUUUAAAUUCCCUGCUCUCGCGCAUAUUCUUUUACUGCUGAUUCAUGCUCAAAGUUUUGGUUGCUAAGCAUUUCUCCAACAGAAAGGUCGCUCAAGGUUAUUUGUAUCGCAAGUGUCAACAAAUGUCGGCUCUUACGUGGUGUAGAAGACACAGUUACGUAACACUCUUGUUUUCAUUGUUCUCUUAUUCCCCGUUGUGAUGAAAUUCUACACUGACGUAUUCUUUGUCUUCUACACCAAGUAAGAGCCCAGAUGUCUUUUCAAGUAAACAUUCAAGCUCACGCUCGUCGACGAAUUCUUGCCAUGCAAGCUCUUAAAAGAUCGUUAAGAUUUUUCGCUUUGUUCUUUUACUGCUGAUUUAUGCUCAAAGUUUUGGUUGCUAUGCAUUUCUCCAACAGAAAGGUCGCUCAAGGUUAUUUGAAUUGUGAGUGUCAACAAAUGUCUUUUCAAGUAAACAUUGAAGGUCACGCUCUUCGACAAAUUCCUCCCAUGCAAACUCUUAAAAGAUCGUUGAGAUUUUUCGCUUAAUGACCUCUGAAGUCGGGGUCUUGUAACUGACCCAUACCAAUCCUUCAGUUUACAAUAAGUUCAUUGCAAAUCGCCUGACUUCGUUCCCGGAGGAGAGCGAAAUCUCAGCUAUUAAUUAUUGUUCAACUGUCUGUAAUACUGGGUAUCUGUGACUUCUGUGUUGUGGCUAAUCAUCCGAGAUACGGUUAUGUCUGAGCUCUAGAUCUGAUAUUUAACUUCAUAAACUUCUUAAAAAUAUAUUAUUAGUGAUUUAGUAGGAAGGCCCACUCUUCGGCCUGUCAUGGAAUUACGCCGUGACCGAGAGUCAAAGAUUUUACGGUCCGGCCCGAUCUAACCCAGUACCUUAGCAUUUGUUAUAAGCACAUCGCUCUUUCUCCUUCUUCCUUUGUUUGUAUUUGUUUUGGAAUGCCCCUUUUAACAUUAUUAUUUUGGAGGAAAUCAUUCGAUCGUGAAGUGAAUUUGAUUUUUUAUCAGAACUUUUCAUCUAUCAUUUAAUCUUAUUAAAAUUUCCAAAAUACUCUUUUGCUAUUUUUUAGGUUGAAGGAAAAGUACGGACGAGUUUUCUCCCUAAAACUUGGAAGCUACAAGGUUGUCAUGGCGGCAUCUCCGGACGCCGUUCAUGAACUACUUGUUAAGAAAUCUGCUGAUUAUGCAGGAAGGCAGCAGACUUAUGCUCUGUUUUCAAUAACCCUUGGUAAGCGGUCUUCCACAUUAUUUUACACUAACUUCAAUUCAAAUUCAUUAACGUAUACUGCAACAUAAGAAAUUAUCUUUCUUCGACCCUUUGAAUUAUAUGUAAACCUUCGCUGGCACGCUAUCCAUUCUUCCCUUUGAACAUUUACGCUCUGAACAUUGACUACCCUUGUGACAGAUAAAAAUUAGGCGGUCAGCUUAUUGAGAGCCGGGAAAGAGUUUAGGAACAUAUGGUUACCCCUUGGGUGAAACUGACGCGUCUGAAACAAAUCUUUCAGGAGGGAAAGAUGUCGUCUUUUCUCACUAUGGCCCAAGCUGGAGGCUUCAUCGCAAACUCUUUACAACAGCCUUACGCCAAUACUUGUCGGAUAUUCCUCUAAUCGAAAGCCGAGUAUUAGUACAGGCAGAGAAACUGACAAAAUAUAUGGAAGCACUAAAGGGAAAGCCUUUUGAUCCCUCAGAAAGCUUAAAUCGAACUGUCGCUGACGUUAUCUGUGGCAUCACCUUUGGAGAAGGAUACGACACCACCAACCCAAAUUUGAACAGGCUCCUAAAGCUUAACGCUGACUUUAUGUCAGACCACGAGAAUGCUCAGCUCGUGAGAAUACUGGACUUUAUCCCUGCAACACACUACCUUCCUAUUAAGGCUUACGAUCGAUUCAUUCAGCCUUUCUAUGAAAUGUUCGAUAUCAUUCGCAUAUUCUUGCGAGAGCGAGAGGAAAAUUUUAAUCCCGAACAACCCGUUCAAGACUUGAUCUCGGGCCUUCUUCUCGCCAAAAAAGACGCCGAACGCGUAAAUGACAGGGAAAAGUCCGCAUUUCUAUACGAAGAUUACUUUGUUAACACCAUAGAAGACAUGUUCAUCGCCGGCUACGAAACUACAGGUACCACAAUGAGGUGGGCAAUAGCCAUGUUGGUUAACUACCCAAAAUACCAAGAGGAUAUUCAACGACAAUUAGAUGAGGUGGUUGUUGACCGAACACCGUCUUUGAAUGAUCGACCCAAUCUACCCCUCAUCCACGCUACCAUCAUAGAAACGCUUCGCCUGGGAAAUGUGGUUCCGCUUGCAGUGCCUCAUUGUACCUUGAAUGAUACAACUCUCUGCGGCUACCGCGUCCCUAAAGGUACAAUAGUGUUUCCUAAUACAGAGUCGGUUCACUUGGAUCCCAAAUGCUGGGAAAACCCGACUGAGUUCAACCCUUACCGUCACCUUGACGAUGAAGGAAAACUGAUCACUAACCAAGGCAAUUAUUUCCCAUUUGGGGCGGGACGACGGUUCUGUGCUGGCGAACCCCUCGCUAAGGUUGAGUUGUUCUUGUUCAUAUCGUGGUUGUUACAGAAAUUUACCUUCAUUGCUGAAAAAGAUGGCUGUCCUCCUUAUUUGAAAGGCUUGUACAGCUUUACACAAUUUCCAGCUCCCUAUAAGAUACGCGCCAUUAAACGAAAAUAGCAUAAAUAUUUUUCAAAUUGUCUAACUCCAGGAAAAGCUAGGAGAACAUUAUGUUAGUGGUUUACUUUUUCACAUUUAUUAACCAAUGAUUAAGUGCAUACUUCGUAUUUCUCAUAUAACCCGUUCGACCCCGCGCACGCAGGCCCAUAGCAACCAUAGUGAAAGCUGGGGUGUGUAUGACCGGAUGGGUUGACGUGAGCCGGAAAAAGCAGUCCAUUCUAUAUAUCUAGGUUGAGGCAACAUUCAGCGGUCAUCUGAUAAAAUGCCAAUUGACUGAGUUUGGUUCAACCGGACAGAAAAAUAUUUGACUCAGGGGCAUAGCGCACGGAUCACGGAUUGCCUUUUAUACUGAAUAUUUUUAUUUUUGCUAUGGUGACUGCUAAGCAAAUGUAUCAGGGCAGAAACACCUAGUUGUUCACGUUAUUAAGAUGAUAAGCUUGGGUUUAGUCAUAUCUAGUUUUCCUUUUUUUUUUUUAGCUUAUUGUGUAGUACUUUCCCAAACUCAGAAGGGCUAAGUUUGGUCUGAUUUAUUCUGGCCUUCAUUGUUAGCGUUGCAGAUAGCUCUGUAAUCAUUUAUACGUUUGGGUUAUGUGUUUGCUACAGCUGAUUUAAACACUCUCUGAGUAUUUUAAGAACCUAAAUCUACAAGGAGCAUUCUUUAUUAUGCUGUAUUAAGUCCUACUUCACCUCUUGGGUUUAACGACCGUUUUUUGGCCUUCGUUUGUAUCAUUUACAUGGAAACGCCUUAAUUGUUAAUAUGAUCAAUAUUGUUAGUAAUAAUAUUUUCCUGAUUAAACCAAAGUUUAUACCCACAGUGACGUCUAACGUGACAUGUCUAUUUUGUACACGAACACAGCUUACUCAUAAUGUCGUUUCGUUUAAGACCGUGGAGAUAGGACCUUUCACAUAGUGGUGUCGACUACUUGAUAGAGUAAACGUAGGGUAAGCAGCAAGUUCGAUUACUAAAAUAUGAGAAUGAGUCGCACAGCGAUAUUUAUGCUGCCUUGAAACCUUUUUUGGACUCAACUUUUAAAUCUUUUUUUUUUUAAUAUAAACUGAAACUGUAAUAAUUUUUCGUCGAGUAGAUUAUCCUUUUUCACUCAAUAGCUAUUCAAGGUACUAUUAAUAUAUAUCACUUGAUAUCGGCUUGGUUUGAUAGAAUACGAACGCCCCAAGGUUAUUUAUCUGAAGGGAAAUCAUCAAGAUAAUGUUAAGUCAUUAGGACAAGUCACUCAUUUGUAACUAUGGAUUACUUAUGUUUGGAUUUUAUUUGUUGGUCACUGUUUAUCAAACAGGUCUUUUGUUGGCCCUAGGUGUACCUUCUCUAACUUUCUUCAUUGUUGUUAGAGCUCAAAAAGGCUUUCUCUUUUUCAACCUCUCUCCCCUCCCCUCUUUCAACGAAAGCCCAUACAAACGGAACAAAAAUCCGGAUGCUAGAUCAAGCAUUUUCUGUGUACUGUUAUAACAACUUCACUUCGAGAAGCCUUGGUGUUCAUUUUAAAUUUUUGAUACAACAGAUCAAUACAAGAGAUUUAACAGGAAGAUCCUCGUUCUAUGUUUUCAAGACAGUCCGUACACUGGCAGCAAGUUUGGCUGAGGCAGUUCAGAUCUUUUUAUAAGUUUGGAAAUAUUUUGGAUAUGGUCUGGAACUGAGCGUUCCCCACAUGAAAAUCAAGAUCUGCAUGCGAUGCUGUUCAGAGUAUCCACCACUUUUUUGCAACAAUGCUUAACAGAUUUCUGUUCUACGCUUAUAUUGGGUUUAACAUCAUGUUCCUUUGUCCAGUCUAGAAUCCUUCAAUUGAAGUAAGCAAUAUGUCUUUAAGUACAAAUUCUUUACCUCGAGGAAAUUUAAUCAAACCUAGAAUUUUCCAUUAUCUGUAAAGCUCGCUAUGCCUUGGAUGUCAGAACACCUAAGUAAGUGUGUGUCUGUUUAUACAGUCACGAUCUGCUUGAAUCAAAUGUUUUGUCGACAAACGAACUUGAUUAGCAAACCUAAUCGCUUGUAUUGCUCUGUAAGUGGGCAUGUUUUGUUUUCUCUGGAAAACUCCAAAGAAAAACAAAAUUUAAAUUCAAAAAGAAAAUCAAGGGUCUCGACUUAAGAUUUGUCGAUAAUCAAUUGAACAAUUUUUUUAAUUCUAACAGAAACCAAAGAUUUAACUUCAAAAACGAAAGGAGCCUCAACAAGAAAUGUUUAGAAUUUGCUAGUAACUGUCUGUUCUAAUGAAUGCCACGAGAAACCCUUAAAGGUUUCUGAUGUUGUACUGCAUCCUGGUGUUGUGCUUGUGAACCUGGGGACCAAUAACUUCAACUUAAAACUUUCUGGUGACAUUCGCAUGGACGAUCUGUACAAUGAUUCCUUUUCAACGGAUAACACCUAGCCUAAGUUUUCAAAAACAACGUGCGUUUCCUGUUGUAAUACCCUUGUCUCAAAUCAUAUUUUUCCGUUUUCCCACUUUGCAGAUUGCCUAAGGAGCAAACUUAAGGCAGCAGUUGGCAAUUGUUUCGCUCCUCUGUUGCUAUUUUGAUCGGGGACAUUGAUUUACGCGAAGUUCACAAAACUUUUUAAGCGUCAGCCGAUGGAACCUGGAAACCAGGCAGAAGCACAAUUUUACCUAGAUGGACGAAAAACGUCGCGAGAUGGGUAGCUACCCUCAGCCAGUACAAUGCAGUACAAGCUUUUGUGCUCUAAGUCAUUUUUAUGAUAAGAUGAAAAUUUAAAAAAACAAAUUCAAUUAACUGAUAGUUGUAUCUUGCGUAACGUAAGCAAUAUCUUUAAUUACAUGGAAGAAACGCAGUUGCCUAAUACAGGGUUGCGUUAUUUAUAACAGCAUCACCAGCCGAACACGGAAAUUUCUCAUCAUGGGCUCCGCAUCAACAGCGUCGAUUUUCGACUCUCUUACUCUCGGAAAUUUUCUUCUAUUCUUGCUUCUGCUUCUUAUGUUACAUUACUUGAUGGUAGUGUAUGAGUUCAGGAACAUGCCGCCAGGUCCACGCUUAACGACGCUUCCAGUUCUGGGAAACAUAUUUUCCUUGGAUUUGAAGGCGGAGAAAUUUACAGAAGCUAUUAAGGGGUAAGUGACACUUGAACAGUGUAACAUGGCUUUUACCCAAAUCGACUUUCCCUGUCUGCCUUAAAAUGAGUUGAUAAGUAGAAGAAAAAUGAAUGGUUGGGAAUCAAGAGAUUAUUUCAUUAUCUUUUGUUGGGAACGCGUUGGUCUAGGUCUUACGAAACCACAACAAUUCAGCUGUUGGGAGCUACGAUGGCUCUUCCUAAAUAUUUUAGCCAUGUCUUCUCACUUUGUCCGAAACAAACACAUGUGAAGGAGGUUAAAGGUCUGAAUCAAUUUAUUAUUGUCUAAUUAUGGAUAGAAGAAAUCGAAUUAACUCUCUGAGCUCCUACGUAACUAAUUUUCGUGCAUUACGCGAGAUCCGUAAGCCUAGACGUCGGCGCUCUAAAUGAAUGUGGAACCAAGGAUUAUGUUUGCGUCAGAUGUGGCGACCUGUCGUUGGUAGGUUUUGAUUGCCUUGUUUUCUCUUGGUAUGUAACUCUUGGAUGAAUCAUGAGGACACUAUUUGAAGAUAUUUGCAUUACAAUAAACAUUGAGGGGUACAUUGAACAGAUUAGUCAAAGCUGCUUAGUCAAUUGUUCCUAUCAACGCCUUUAACGACUAUUGUGAUUUGGAUACUCUGCCCUCACGCACAUUCUGUUUCUACCGAUUCAAGCUCUGUGUAAUGGUUGCUCUGUAUUUUUUAAACACAAGGCUCGCUCGAGGUUGUUUGAGUGAUGAGUGUUGAUAAAUGUCUCUUUAAGUAAACAUUCAGGGUCACGCUCUCCGUAAAAAUUUUUGUAAUGUGACUCUUAGUACAGCAUGAAGAAUAUUCGCCUUACUGGGGUGUUACGAAACUAUGGAUGGGCACACUGCGGAAACUGCGGAAUCUCCGGAACUCACUCCUUUAUUUUUGUAUGAAAAUAAACAGUAAACUGUUGAAAAUUACAUGUUCGGGUAGAAGGAAGUUAGAUUAAAAGAGAUGUUUUUAUCGUCUUUGACGUCCAACAGGAAGAAGUGACUAUAAUUGUGGGAAAAUUCAUUGCGGGAUAUUCCCGAUCAGCUGAGCAAAGUCACAUUGAAUUUUCUAUUCCCCACUAUGCGAUCAACAUGGCGGAAUUCGAAAGAAAAAUAUUCGCUUUUAGUAGCCUGUUCACGGCCAUAGGUUGAAUUCGAAAUUCUGUGCGUCGCGUAAUACUAGUUAUGUUUGUUUGUAUUCGCCCUGAUACUGUUAUUGGACCACUUUCUAAUAAAAUAUGUAAGUGAUAAUGAUGUAAUACUUUUUCUGCACCCUAUUUUGUUCUAUCUGAGUUCUGAUAUCAAUGCCUUCAGCUCUAUUGGUCGACUCAAGAGAAAAGCAACAGAUUGACACCUUUAUCUUUGGCAUUAGGCUUACAGACUCCUUUCAGCUCGACUUGCAAUCUGUGAAACUUUCGUCAUGAAAAAUAUAUUCCUUGUUCGUGGAACUCGUUAGUACGCUUAACAGUUAAAGUAACUAGAUUUUGGUCGCCAGGUAGAGGUGAGAUUUAAAGCGUUCCUGUGAUAUUGGGCUUGCACUUAUUUUACACUUGAAUAAUAACCAUACACGCAACAUUUAUUAAUUAACAUGAAAAUCGUUAUUUUUCAUAACUAAAUCAGCCAUAAUCUGCCAACAUCAUUUGAAAAAAGGAUCCGAACCAAAAACGAUCAAGUUUUGAUAUUUUAGUUUUCAUAAGUAAAUUCUGCACUACUCAGUAAGUGUCAAAUCCUUUGAACUUAUAGAAAUUCCACAGUUAUCUGUAGUAUUAAAAUACUAAGACUGUCAUGUGUAUUUUAUAAGAAAAGUCUCAGUUCUUGUACUCUUUCUUCUACCGAACUGUCCAAACCCAACUGCAGCAGCCUCAGCUCCAUGUACGUGGGGAUGGUGCAUUUAGAUACAUGCAAGUUGGUGGUGUAAGUUAUGACUGGCUUCGCAAGAGGUCUUAAGGACGCCAGUUUAGUCACAGUUGAAAAUUUUCUCUUUAUGUUGAAUGACAGGUCCUACGAAAAUUGGAGCCAUAGGAUCUCUAAACAAAAAAUAGCAUCCAGUGAACUUCCUAACUCUUUCUGUUGACGGCAGGAUAACAAAUGGAUUAUUGUUAUACCAUGGCAAAUUUACCCGUAGAGGUGCUCUUGUCGUAGUAGACAGCGAGGUACGCGGCUGUUUUGACAUCAUGUGGGGUGUUAUUGUUGAGGAAAACUUGAUGGAACAUGAUCAGUGCUUCAAUAUUGCUGCGUUUGUGACACGAACAUCGGUCUAGGAAGCUGUAUAAUGGUCGGGAGAGGUGCAGACACUAUAUCCACUUGGGUGUUCGUUGGGCCUGUCCCAAAUAGCCAUUCCACUGGCGAAACAGACGUCGAGGGUGCUGAUUGCGGGGGUUGCCGUACUCUCGUACUCUCCUCGCCUUUCAUUUCCCGUUUCUUUCCUGCGGCCUAUUGAUAUUAGCUGUAGAUACAUCGUAGAGGUUUGUCGAAGCGUUUAAGAAUGGUGGCACUGUGUGCGAACACGCAUUAAGACCAAAUCUAAACUUUAAGAAUGUUCAUGUCAUAUGGCCUCCUCCUUAUGUAAGGUUGACAGAAUUGGGGUUCUGUGUAAACAGGCUAUAGACAGAGUACCUUGGGAUGCAUUCAUCUUCUGAUGGGACUUGAAUGACUACGUUGGGGGUAGGAAGAUACUCCGAAACUUUUUUUCCGGAUAAAUGCUAACACUGUACCUGGAAUGUAUGACAGCUUCCCUCUCCCGAGGACAUCAGGACUGUUGAUACUGAUAUUCCUCAUGCGGCAACUGGACCUUUCGCGGCCUCUAAUUCUGUUUACAAACUAACUGAAGGUGGCAGUCUAACUGGCUCCUGCCUAUUUCAUGAAUUCACUCGGACCACGGGCAGCCCAAGCUCCAGCUGUGAGAUGAUCAUCUUGCGAAAUAAGAGUCAUGGCGAAAAUAUAAGAGUUUGUAUGAGAAUAUUUACGACCGCUCUUAGGAUUAAAAAAGAACUGUCAAAUUCUCAAUAAAAAUACCUCACCUUACUUCCACAGUGCUUCGCUUCUUGUCUGACCGCUCAUUAUAUUGAAAGGAAACCAUUUUAGUGAGUUAUCUAUUUCUAUGUUUACUACUCCAGAGAGAAGGACAAGGCUGCACACUCCAUUUCCGAACGCCCGAUCCGAGAGGCAAUAAAUCUAAGCUCAUAAUGACCGGGAGACCACAAAUCCAACGCAGAAUCCAAGCGCAUAUACUAUAGUUUCAAUUCAAUUCACUACCAACUCAAUCCUCCCCGUGAAAAUGACACUAACCCGCCGGCAGUUUGCUUCAAGAAUUUCCAGUUUAGACGUUUCUAACUGCCCGCCUACACGUUCACCACGAUACACGACCGUUAAAAACCAGCUUUGUAACCUUGCCUCCUUUUCAACCUGAGUCUCGCCGUGGGCCACACCGUCACUUGGCACCCGUGGUUCCACGACGAUAUGUUGAUGUUGAUUGAUCAUUACCCUUAAUGCCGAGAGAAUUCAAUUUGUCUGGGUAGUUUUCCUUGAAGUGACAGCUACAGUGAAGCUGUUCUGUUUGUGGAUAGAACACUUUCAUCGUUAUUAUCAGCCCUGCCUCCCAAUCUGUUACAACACUUCUGAGAUUUGCGAUACCACCGUCCAUUUCUAGAAGCUAAGUAACUGAGAGGCCAAGUGGUAGUACGCACUGUAGGUUCGGUUGAUAUGAACGAGAGUCUGUCCCGUAAAGAUUUGCGUAUCCCCGUCCUUACUAUUUUAAGAACAAAAUUCUUUCAAGUGAAAAAUGGGAAAAAAAAAGAAUUAUAAAGCCAUAAACAGGCUACUUACCUCGCAUAUUUCUCACACUAUUCCGCUAAUUUUUCUUUUUUUUUUUUUAGUGUUAUGUUCUUUACAUCAGUGAUAAGAUGUUUUUCACUUUUUUAUUUCAAUUUUUCUCUUUUUUCAAAAAAAAUUAUCGGUUCCAAAGGAACUUCGGCGGUCUGCUACUUCGCAGUUAAUACAAGCAUUAUUGAGAAUAUUCGCUUCAUUGACCUCUCAGUCGAUGUUCUAUAAUUGCUUCAUAUUAAUAAAUAUGACAAUGCUAAACCAGUUUAUUGCUGAUCACCUGACUUCUCUCCCCGAGGAGAGCAGAAUCACAGUUGUCUAUAAUUGUUCGACUUUGUGUAACGUUGGGUAUCUAGGUUAUGGGUGAAAUGCAAACAAAUCAAAAGUUGUCGGAAAUUCAGUUCCUUCAAAUAAGCAUUGCUUCUUUAUCAGGGGGUUGUGAGAUGCAUUAAUCUCCGGGCCGCCGAUCCCAAAUUUAUCUUGAAAUAAUGGGAGGGUCGAUUCCACUGCCUGUAAUGAACUUAGCCAUGAUCGAGGGUCAAACAUUUUCUCGUCCGACCCGACCCUACUCAGUCUUCUAGCAUUUUUCAUAGGACUGACGGCUCUUUUUCCUUCUUUCUUUUUUUCUAAUUUUAAUGACCCUCAAGUGAAUUAAAGUCAUUCAUUUUCUUUCCUCGUUAAAUCAUGUUAAAGUUUCGAAACUACUCUUAAAAAUUUUCAAGUUGGAUUGUUUAUCAUUAAAUCAUAUUAAAAUUUCCAAACCAUUUUUUUGCUAUUUUGUAGGUUGGAAGAGAAAUACGGCCGACUUUUCUCCCUAAAAAUAGGAAGCUACAAGGUUGUAAUGGCAGCAUCUCCGGACGCAGUUUAUGAAAUGCUUGUUACGAAAUCAGCUGAUUAUGCAGGAAGACAGCAGACCUUUGCUCUGUAUUCAAUAAACCUUGGUUAGUUGUCCUUCAUAUCAUAAAUCCGUCAAGCAUGCCAAAUUAAUUAUAGUAUACCACAACUUAAAAAAAGAAAUUCUCUCUCUUUGGCUGCAGUCAAGCCUCUUCCUUGGUUUUGGUAAUUGGUAUAGCAGACCUGAGCACUCUUGCGUUCAGGUGAUCUUGGUCAAAUUCUUUAUGGUUCUCGAUACAACCACAAUAACACUCGUGCUUAAAAUCAUUCUGGCGUUAUUAUCAGUUAACAAUUCUAAUAAAUCUAUCGCGAUAUUAUUAUGACGAUAAUUUUUGUGAAACCCUUUCUUUUGCGUCAUUGGAUAUUUCCACUGUAAAAAUUGUAGCGUAAAGAAAUGAUGUCUUUAUUACACUGUUUUUUGCAGAAGUGGAUAGAGGUAACUUAAACUUUUCAAGAGUAACCGAAAAGUUGCUCUGACUCCAAUGUAAACUUUUUAACCUGGGAACCUGGUUGUUUUUCAGUAACACAACUAAGAAGUAACGCUUUCAUGUUCAAGGGUUGUUUAAGUUAACAUUUCACUCCUAUAAGGCUAGAGGUCUAGUCGUCCUUGGAACAUUUACUAUCUGAUUGUUAAUUAGCCUUGUUACCCAGGUAAACGUGGGGUGGUCACUUUUCAAGAGAAAAAGAAUUGAGGACUAUAUAGAUAUCCUUGGGAUGAAACAGUUGCAUCGGAAUCAAAUAUUCUUUUUUUUUUCUUACAGGAGGGAAAGAUAUUUUGUUAACUCACUAUGACCCUAGCUGGAAACUUCAUCGCAAACUAUUCACAACAGCCUUACGCCAAUACCUGUCGGAUAUUCCUCUAAUCGAACGCCGAGUAUUAGCACAAGCAGAGGCACUAACAAAAUAUAUUGAAACACUGAAAGGAAAGCCUUUUGAUCCCUCAGAAAACUUAAAUCGAACCAUUGCUGACGUUAUCUGUGGCAUAACCUUUGGAGAGGGAUACGACACCACCAAUCCAAAUUUGAACAGGCUCCUGAAGCUUAACGUUGAUUUCGUGUCAGACCACGAGACUGCUCAGCUCGUGAAGAUAAUGGACUUCUUCCCUGUAACACAGUACCUUCCUAUAAAGGCUUACGAUCGAUUCAUUCAGCCUUUCUAUGAAAUGUGCGAUAUCAUUCGCAUAUUUUUGCGAGAGCGAGAGAAGAAUUUCGAUCCUGAGCAACCCAUUCAAGACUUGGUCUCAGGUCUCAUUCUCGCUAAAAAAGAGGCCGAACGCGAAAAUGACAUGGAAAAGUCCGCUUAUCUAUCGGAGGAUUACUUUGUUAACACCGUAGAAAACAUGUUCUUCGCUGGCUACGAAAGUACAAGUACCGCUAUGAAGUGGGCAAUAGCCAUGUUGGUGAACUACCCCAUAUACCAAGAGGAUAUUCAACGACAAUUAGAUGAGGUAGUUGGUGACCGAACGCCGUCUUUGAAUGAUCGACCCAAUCUGCCCCUCAUCCACGCUACCACCAUAGAGACGCUUCGUAUUGGAAACGUGGCUCCUCUUGCAGCGCCCCAUUCCACCUUGAAUGACACAACUCUCUGCGGCUACCGUGUCCCUAAAGGUACGAUAGUGCUUCCUAACAUAGAGUCAGUUCACCUGGAUCCCAAAUGCUGGGAGAACCCGACUGAGUUCAACCCUUACCGUCACCUUGACGACAAAGGAAACCUGAUCACCAGCCAAGGUAACUAUUUCCCAUUCGGAGCGGGCCGACAGUUCUGUGCUGGCGAACCACUGGCUAAAGUCGAGUUGUUCUUGUUCAUGUCGUGGUUGUUGCAGAAAUUUACUUUCGUUGCGGAAGAAGAUGGGUUUCCGCCAAAGUUGAAAGGCUUGUACGGCUUUGUACAAUUUCCAGCUCCUUAUAAGAUACGCGCCAUCAGACGAAAAUGA